UUGAAAGAAAACCUACGUUUUCUCUUAUCUCCAACUGUCUAGCAGUCAGCUAUAGACUCUUACAUGCAUGGGAGGCUUACUUAGAAAAUAUUAGAUUUAUUUUAGAUGGCAUAAGAGUUAUUUAUGCUGUAAAAUGAACAAAACAAGCAGAAAAACAAGAAAUGGUGGUAGACUUACAUCUAAAGUGACCACUGAAGCAUUUGUAGAAUCAGACAAAAGCAACAACAUAAAAAAUUCAUCUCAUCAAACUGAUAUCAAGAAGUUUUUUGUGCCAUCUAAUAUUAAAGAUCUGAAACCUAGCAGUACUAAUAUACCAGAUCCUCUAUAUGUUCCUGCUCCUGAUGAAGCCAGCUUACCUUGCAGUAAUUUGACACUUGAUACAGAUAUCAAGUUACAAGUAAAUUGUUAUGAAAAAUUUAAAGAAAAAGACUGUGUUAAGCCAAAAAGAGACAAAAAAAAUAAGAAGAAAACAACAAACUUGAACUCUGAAUCAAAAUUGCAGAAUAGCCAAUUAACAGAUUUCUUUCCUGUAAGGAGAAGUAAUAGAAAAACUUAUCUAAAUGUAAUGAAAGAGAAGCAAAAAUUAAUUGAAACGGCUAUUUUAUCUGCUGAUGAAAAAGGAUUUGAAGUCAAAGAAUUUCCUGAGAAAGGUCGUGGUGUGAUUACUACCAAGUUUUUUAAAAAAGGUGAAUUUGUUCUUGAAUAUGAUGGUGAUUUCAUUGAUUAUUCUGAAGCAAAGAAGAGGGAAGAGUUAUAUUCUGCCAAAGAAAACACUGGCUGCUAUAUGUAUUAUUUUCAAUAUAUGAACAAAACUUAUUGCAUUGAUGCAACCAAAGAAUCUGGUAGAUUAGGACGACUAAUAAAUCACAGCAAGAAAGGUAAUUUAAAGACUGAACCAGUUUUAGUUCAAAAAAGACCACAUCUUGUACUUUUUGCAUCUCGUGACAUUGAUCCAGGGGAGGAGUUGUUGUAUGAUUAUGGAGACCGGAGUAAAAAGUCAUUGAUAUCACAUCCAUGGUUAGCUUUGUAGCAGAAUGAAAUGUAUCAAUUUUAAAUACCAAAGAACUUUCACCUUUCACCACAUUAGUUUUAUAUAUUGUAAAGUUUAACUUUUAAACCAUUGUAGCAUUUAUUCAAUUCAUUAUCAUGAUCCUUUUUACACAACAUUGUUUUAUCAUUUUCAAUAAAA